AUUUGAUGAGAAUGGGAAAAAGAGAUUUAUCAAAAAGAAUUUUGCUGCCAAAACAUUCAGAAACACCGUCGCUACUUGUAGUUGAUUCGAAUCCAAAGCCAAAACACGAACCCUAGCGCGUCUUCUCCAUCUCCAGAUUUAACAAAAAAAUUGGAAUGGUGGACGGCGGUAGAAUCAAGCUGAAAACAUGGCAGCAAGCAGCGGUGGCAUUUGGUUCGGCCGUCGGAGCGCUUUUGAAUCCACGUAGAGCUGAUUUGAUAGCUGCUCUUGGUGAAACAACUGGAAAACCUGCCUUUGAAAGGGUUCUUCAAAGGAUGAAAUCUUCCCCUGAAGGAAGGGCAGUACUGUUGGAGCGCCCUCGUGUUGUAUCGGCAAAUGUAGGACAUGCUUGGGACCUGCCAGAAAAUACAUUUGGUGCUGCCUAUGCUAGAUUUAUGGGAUCCAGGAACUUUUCACCAGACGAUCGACCUCCUGUGCGGUUCAUGGAUACAGAUGAGCUGGCCUACGUUGCAAUGCGAGCUCGUGAGGUUCAUGACUUCUGGCAUACCCUUUUUGACCUUCCUACUAACUUGAUUGGGGAGUCAGCGCUGAAAGUAAUCGAGUUUCAACAGAUGUAUCUUCCUAUGUGCAUGAUGUCUGUUGUAGGGGGCACAGCAAGAUUCAGUGAUAAACAGAGAAAACUGUUUUUUCAGCACUACUUCCCAUGGGCUCUUCGUGCCGGAACACAAUGCAAUGAUCUAAUGUGUGUGUAUUAUGAGCAGCAUUUUCAUGAAGAUUUAGAAGAUGUUCGCAGAAAACUGGGAAUUGUUCCGGUCCCUGCUGUUCCUUGACUGAAUGCUUUCCGAGCUGAUGAGUUGUACUUAUUCAGUGCGCGAUCAAUUUUCUUAAUAAUGUCCAAUGCAACAGCGGUCUCCUGAUAUUUAGUCAGUUUUGUAUAGGUUGGAUUUUAUCAAUGACUUUUAUAUCAGUCAAUUAAAUUAAAUAGAAUCAUGAACAUAGGUUUGGUUUUAUAAUCAUCCAUUGCUAUAGUGUUCCUUCCAAAAGGAAAACCGGUCCAGUUUUUAAACAAUCAUAUUACACUAGAAAUUCGGAAUACUAUUUUGUUUAAGGUUUACAAUUUUGAAGUAGAAAGUUUAUGGUGUUGAUCAAUAAUUAUUACUCUGCUCCAUCUGGUUUUUACCAAAGCUCUGCAGUACCAUGUUUACGAAAUCAGAGCCUCUCAUCAGAUAUGGAAGGAACAUAAUCAAUGGGAGUUUACUUUGUUGCCGGAGAUGAAGACUGCUGGUGAAAAUAAGUCGAGUCGUAUUGGGCAUAGUAGCUCGGUAGCAGAACUAUUUUCCCGAAUCAACAUUAAAAACAGUUUUUUUUCCCACUAUAUUGUCCUUUUUAUUUAUUUACUAUUUUUGAUCAUUUUCUUCUGAUGAUUUGUAUAGUCUUGGUAUCUGUAAUUGUUUUCUUCCAUGCUUGUCUUUGUUUUUAUUCUACUGUUUGUGUUAA